UAUUUGUUUAUCUAUGGCGUCUCAUAAUACACAUUCUGUAGAUAAUUUUACAACUAAGUGGAACAAAAACACGGAAUAUGCAUUUGGAUUACAAAGAAAAAUAAUAAGUUUUUUGGGAUACUGGCCAAAAAAUGAAUUUAAUAAAUCAUCGAAAAUAAAAAUUGGCAUUCUGAAUAUUACACAGAUGUUUAUUGUUAUUUUUUUCAUAAAAAAUUUGAUUGUAAGUGGUAAUUGUGGAAGUGGUGAAGAACUAGUUGACGCAUUAACAUUUAUAUUAGUCAGUUUAUUGGCAAUUUUAAAAAAUUCAUUACCAUGGUUUCAAAAAAUUUUUUACACUGAUAUUUUAAAUUUCUUAAUUGAUGAUUGGUUUUACUUUUAUAAUAUCAGUAAUAAAUCGCAUGACAUAAUGCUUAAGUACGCAAAAAUAGGUAGAAUUGUAUUGUUAAUUCAAGUAUUGGGAACAUAUGGAGCAAUGAUCCCAGUGAUUAUGCGUUAUCCUUCUACCAUUCAAGUAUUAAAUGAAUACAAUAAUGAUACAAUCUUAGCAAGAAACUUUCCACUUGGUCCACCUUGUUGGAUAUCAAUGACCAUGUCAUGGAAUUUAUAUAUUGGAUUUUAUGUUAUAUUUUAUAUUGACUUAUGUAUUUUGGUUACUUCUUUUGUUGCUAGUGAUGUUUUUUUAUUUACCAUUGCAAUGCAUAUUUGCGGACAAUUUCAAAUUUUAUAUAAUAGUAUGGAUAAUAUAAAUAACUAUAAAAAUUAUCAACAACAACGUUUUAUUGUCAAAAAUUUUGUCAUACGACAUAAUCAACUUCUUAUUAUGUUGAAAAACUUUGAAAAAAUUUGUAAUAAAAUUAUAUUUUGUGAAGUUAUGGGAAAUACAUUUCUUAUUUGCAUUAGUGGAUUUAUAGUGCUUCAGUCAUUCGAUUUCUCUCAAAAUAAAUUAGAAUUUGGUUUGGUGGUGAGAAUGUUUAUUUUAUUUUUGCAAUUAUUUUUAUAUAGUUAUGCAGGUGAAAAUUUAACAAAUAGAGCUAAAAAUUUACAAUCAGUAAUUUAUAAUAGCAGCUGGGAUGAUUUAUCACCGAAAAUUAUUAAAGAUAUGACAUUUAUUAUUUUACAUACACAAUAUGAAUUUUAUUUAACAGCAGGUAAAAUGCAAAACAUGAACUUGUCUAAUUUUAAAAAUAUUGUUAAAUCUAUAUUUUCAUAUUUAUCAGUUCUUCGAUUGAUGUUUGAAAAAUAA